UCCGGCUUCGCAGCAGAGGGAAGUUCACUGUUGUUACUUUACAAAGGAGAACGUUUUCUGAUAGUGAAUUUGAACACACCAUACAGUAGGGUUCGAUGAGAGACAAGGAAGAGAUGGAGAGAGAUGGGGUUUCGGUCUAAGACGGCCCAGCACUCCCCUCCUUGCUACCCUGCUCUACAACAGGCUGCCCCAGCCCCAAUAGCACCAUGUCCCAGGCCCAGACGGGAUCCAUGGCUGGCCUAAAGCCCCAGGAGGUAGCCUUCUGGCUAGGAAAGGCAGUGGAGUGGGGCCAGACUGAGAGCCCAGACACCCAGAGAGACACCUGCCUCCACCUGGGCCCUCUCAGGGCCUUCCUCCAGCUCCUCCUCACAGACAUACACAUGCGGAGUUCCACCACAGAGACCAUGAGGACUAUUCCCUUCGUAGGCCAGUUCCUCGGCCGCCUCUGCUGGAACCCCUAUGUCACUGCGGAUGCUGAGAGCCGCUCAAUCCUGCUCCAGAGUCUGUGGAGUCUGUAUUCAGAGGAACCUCAUAACGCUGUCGAGAGGAAGGCCAACCAGUGGAUACGGAAUGUGUUAUGUCAGCUUGCUACAGAAGAAGAGGACAGUGCAACACAUAUGUUAGUGAAACAUAUGGGCCUGCCGCCAAAGGAAUACAAUGUAAAGGUUCUAAGAAAGAUGGUGUGGUUGCUAGUGAAGGAGGUUGGGGAGAGCUGCAGCAGUUUGGCUGACCCUAACCAGAGGUGUUCGUGUGACAGCGUUCUUGCUGCAUCAGUGGCAUGUGUCCCCCUGGUCACAUGUCCUGAGACUGCUCCUCUCAUUGCUGCGUUACUGCAGCGGCCGGUGACCUGCGAUAAGGCAGCCCUCAGCCAGGACUUCCUGGAUGCUGUAAGCUCCGCCUACUCCAGAAAGUGUGUGUCUCUGGAGGCCCAGGCAGUGGUGUCUCUGUGGUGCCAUAACCUGGCCAGCCUAGAGGGGGCAGUGAUGUCUCUACUGGACUCUGUGCUCUCCAACCCAGCCUCCAUACCGCACAACCUAGAGAACACCAUCACUCACUCACUACUGCCUAAAGCCUGCUCCCAGCACGGCUCCAUAUUCUUAAUAGUGAACGACAUCUUCAGGUCCAUGCUGGUGCAGGUGGAGGGAAACCAGACUCUGCUAUCUCUUAUCCACACCUUCACCAUCUGCUUCCUCAGGGAACUGGCAGCCCUGCAGCCUCAGGAGUGUGUGUCCUUGAAGGCCUUCUUCCCACACACACCCCAGAGCUUACUGGCCCCUCUGCUGACCCAUCCUUCAGAAAUGGCCCAGGAGGCGUGGCCAGAACACCUGGCCUGGAUCACUGCAUCACUACAGAGACUCACCGAGGAAGAGGAGGAAGAAGAAGGCAACAGGGGUCAGUGUGGAGUGUUUGAGGCCUGGUUCCUGCUGGUGCAGUGUGCUGACUGGUUGGAGGUAGCCAACCAACUACUGGUCUCAGCCAGACCUCAGGACUGUGGCCCCUUGCUGUGGCUCCUCACCUUCUAUCACCACCCUACCAACAGGGGGCACCACCGGACACAGCAGCUGGUGGCGGCCAGAGAAGUCUGGGAUCACCUGAGGUCACUCUUCCUGCUCUCGGCUCCUCCCCUUCCUGCUGACCGACUGCAGUCAUUGGCCGAGCUGAUGUCAGCCGUCCCCCAGCAGCCGUCCCGGGACUCGCUAUUGGUCGUCAGCCUCCUGGGCAACUUUGCAGUUUUCUCCCACAACCCCCUGAGUGGUGCCAGUGAGAUAGUCCGCAUGGUGGUGCAGCGGUCAGGGCUGGUCCGUGAAGCAGUGUGUGUUCUCGACAUGGUUGAGCUCCGACUAAACAGAGAGAGAGCCUCCUCCAGCCUCACUGACAGAGUUACGCUCAGGACCAGGGCUCUUCGGGGGACACUCACACACAUGGCACAGCACGACACACACACACAUGGUAAAACAUGACAGACACACAGCCACUAUGGCAGCGAUGGGAUACACACACAGCCGUGCCAGGCCGUUCCACCAACCGGGCGCUAUGACACUGACAGGAUACACACAAACAGACGCUACAGAUACAACAGUGGGAGGACAUACAGUCACAACUAGACACACAAACGUAUCAGGACACACUGUUAGCCAUGCAGGAGCAACAAGUCGUAAAACGUGCCCUAACCCUUCCACUCAUAUUAUUGCCUCAGAACACAUUCCUCUCAUUACACACACAUGGGGAAACAUCCGUUGAUAUGAAGAAGGGAAAUGACAUGCAAACAGCACCUGAUAUGGACACAAUGUCUUUCUCUACAGAAUGCCUCUACACCAACUAUACUGCAUUGUAUGGUACAAACCUAUACUAAAGAAAUGUGACGUCAACCCUUCUUCAAGUCUCAUUAUAAAUAUGGAAAUAUUUCUAAUUUGUUAAUUAUUACAAUCAGAGUAAUGGUCUAUAACCUGAUCUGAGUCAUGUUUUUUUUUUUUAUUCUGUAUAUUAGCUGACUCACAUGUAGGACAAAACAAUAAAAUCACAUGUACAGUACCAGUCAAAAGUUUGGACACACCUACUCAUUCAAGGGUUUUUAUUUUUUAAAUGUUCUACAUUGUAGAAUAAUAGUGAAGACAUCAAAACUAUGAAAUAACAGACAUGGAAUCAUGUAGUACCCAAAGAAAGUGUUAUACAAAUCGAAAUAUAUUUUAUAUUUGAGAUUCUUCAAAGUAGCCACCUUUUGCCUUGAUGAAUAGCUUUGCACACUCUUGGCAUUCUCUCAACCAGCUUCACCUGGUUAUGUGGCACUGAUAUUAAUCAGAAACAUUUAU